GCCUUGCGGAACCUGGAAUUUGUGUUUACACAAAGGAGAGAACUCACUUGGUAAACGUCAAACUGCCACUGCAACAUGCCACAACUCUUCGUACUCACUCUCAGCCUUAUACCAUGGAUCCCAGCCUUCCUCUGCAGGGUAACUACCGUGGACGAGUUUGCAGUUCUGGAGGGUCGAUCUCUCACAGUCCCGUGUCACUAUGAGCCUCAGUAUGCCAGCUAUGUAAAAUACUGGUGUCAGGGAAGGACGAGGGAGUUCUGCACCAGCUUAGCCCGAACAGAUGAACCCCGUUCAGCCAAUCCGGCUGAUGACAAAGUGAGCAUUUUUGACGACCCGGUCCAGCUGUUGUUCACAGUGACCAUGAAUGACCUGAAGGUGGAGGCCUCUGGCUGGUACAUGUGUGGUGUGGAGAUAGGUGGUGUAUGGAGCGCUGAUGCUGUUGCAUUCACUAACAUCAAGGUCAUUCAUGGCAUGUCAGUGGUGAACAGCCGACUGAGUGGGGAAGAAGGGAGUAGUGUCGCAGUCGAAUGCCUCUACAGUGAGAGAUACAGAGAGAGUGAGAAGAAGUGGUGUCGAAGUGGAAACCGGAGCACCUGUCUGCUGACAGAUUCUGAAGGGAGUUACGAAGGCGCAUCGGUGGCCAUCAAAGAUGACAGAACUGGGGCUUUCACUGUAACCUUAAAGAAGCUGCAGAUGGGAGACACCGGCUGGUACUGGUGUUCUGCAGGACAGCAGCAGAUAGCCGUGCAUGUGCUGGUCACACAACGACCCUCAACUACUGCAGUGUCUAUGACAUCCACACCUAUACCAAAUGAGUCUUUUGCACAACUGCCUCCACCCAAACAUAUCACUAAAGAGUCCUGGACCAGUCACGGUCAUAUUUUGGAGUCUUUGCUGGUGUGCUCUUCUCUGAUGCUCCUUGUGGGUUUGGCCAUAUUGGCGAGAAAGAUGUGGAAACUGCACAAGCAGGAUCCUGUGCUAAGACAAGUUAAGGAGAUGAAAGCAAGGUUCAAUGAGCAUUCAAGGGAUGACCUGCAAGAUGCUGCAGUCGUUUUCCUUAACAGGGAUUCCCAGGACAUACAUAUGUACUGAGCUUGUCAGUAGUCAGUGCAGCGUUUAUGGUCACUCCCCUCUGUAACUGAAUGUAAUUUUUGUUAUUUCACUGCGAGAACACAUGCUCUCUUUCCAGCGUCUUCUGUAUAGAACAUACCAUACCACAGUUAAAGACAGUUAUGAGGUUUUCUGCUUGCUACUUUCCAUAUGUGAACGGUGUAGUCUGGAGAUCUUACCAGCAUAUACUCCUCCUGUGAGACACAUUUUACAUAUUAUAAUCAUGUGGUCUUCUAUUUAAUUUGGUCAAAAGCAGGGCCAUAAGUACCACUAAGGAUACUGAUAUCAUGUCUUCAGUAUUUUUUUUAAUUUAAUUUUAUUUUUUGAAUUUGUGGAUUUUAGCAGCCUGGGUGGAGUUUACAUUCUAAAUAUAAACAUGUUCACAUUAUAGUUUAGUCUAAUGACAGUAUUUUUAGAUUCUGUAUAUUUAAAAUUUAUUACUUUUUGGCCAACAAAAUAAAUACAUAUAGGAUUCAUUAUUUCUCCACUAGAUUUUUAUUUAUGUGGUGAAAUGAAACAGCAACAAUUACAGGUGUGUAAUUUCACGAUAAUUUCCUAUUAAGUUUCAUCUAAACAAUUUAGUAAUUUGGUACUAAUUAAAAGGGAAAAUAUACUGUUAAUGCUUGUUAUUGUUAUUUAAGUUAAACCUGCAAUACCUUUGGUUCAUAAUCCUUGGCCUGACUUUUUGGUCACUUGAGAGCAGCAGAAACAAGCAAACACAAUGAUGACAUACUAUCUUGUUAGCUAAUCACACAUCCAGCAGAUGCGGAGCAAUAUUAGCAUUCGAUAGGAGUGGUCUUUGUGAUUCCCUGAUGAAUGUAAGUUCAAUAUUCAGAGCUGGGGGAAACAUAAGAGCUAAGGGAAAGUCAAGUCAAUCUUAUUUACAUAGCACCAGAUCAAAGCAGAAGUUAUCUCAGGGCACUUUUCAUAUAAAGCAGGUCUAGACCGUACUCUUUUAAUAUUAUUUACAGAGACCCAACAUUCG